UUGUCGUAGGUGGUGGUGUAUAAUUUUAAUAAUAAAGUUCGUAUUACAUUUUUUUAUGUGCCGUAGGAAAUAUUCAUUUGCUAGAACUAUAGAAUCUCAAACUCCAGUAUCUCAAAUUCCAGAAUCUCAAAAAUUCCAGAAUCUCAAAUUUCAGAAUUUCACUUAGAGAUUCUUCAUACUAAGUGUUUUGUCGGCUUGGAGGAUAUUUGCUUAUUUUUGUAUCUUUCCCUUUUAUCUGAAGGGUCUAAGACUGAAUGUACGCUCAAAUUGUCGUUUAGUCUUCUCAGUAAAGGAUUUGUUUAACUAAGCAACAUUUUGAGAACACAAAUUCUUGCUUCAAAGGAUAUAUUGUGGACAAUCAACUCAACAGUAUAUUGAGGACAGAAGUACUCAAAUAUUUUGAUGUUGACUAUCUUUAUUUAUCGCUUUGGAGAGUAUUACCCAACUUGUAUCAAUCUUUUUUUUAUAACUGAUUGAAGACUACGUGUACACUUAAAUCGUCAUUUAGUCUGAUCAACACAGGAAUUUUACAAAGGAUAUAUUGUGGACAAUAAACUCUACAGUAUAUUGAGAAUAAAAGUACUCAAAUAUUUUGACGUUGAUUAAUUUUACUUAUCGCUUUGGAGGAUAUAUCCGAACUUGUGUCUAUCUUUUUUUUGUAACUGAUUGAAAACUACGUGUACGCUUAAAUCGUCAUUUAGUCUGAUCAACAAAGGAUUUUUUACGAAGGAUAUAUUGUGAGCAAUUAACUCUACAGUAUACUGAGAACAUAAGUACUUAAAUAUUUUGACGUUGACGAUCUUUACUAGUCGCUUUGAAGGAUUCCCAGAAUCCCAAUUUGUAUCAAAUUUUUUUUUUUUGUAACUGGUUCAAGACCAAGCUUGAAUUUGCAUUCAUUUAAUCUUGAUUGCAUUGCUUUACUCAAGAAUUAAUACCAUAUUUGAAAUUAAAUCAAGGUCACAUCACCUCUACCUACUGGUUUCAAUUGUGUCAAAAUUUUUAAGAAAUUUGUUUUUUUCUCAAACAAGAAAAAAGCAAUAGCAAGUUAAACUGAACAUCUAUCUGUAAGUAGCAUGAACUUUUUUUUUAUUUGACACAUAACAGAUACAUUUUAAACACCAUAAUGCCAACAAAAACACAAAAUAAUCGCAUUCCGAAGAAUAGCAAUCGCUCGUCUACCUGAACAAAUAAGUUGCCAAAAACUGCAGAGAUAAUCGUCGACGAAGCCGAAACUCCUGUCAAUUGUAGCCACGUUCUUACAAUGCCCAAUACUAUACACUCAUCUAACUUAGCGAUAAAAGAGUCCCGGUUAUAUCGCUUGUGGAUGGGCAAUAUCCAAUGUUAUAUGGAUCCGUAUUUCGUUAUACAAGCAUUUCGCUAUAUGGGUUAUAAACCUUAUGGAGUUCGUAUAGUGCGUUGUAUACGCUCUCAGUCAGAUUUACGUUUUGCAUUUGUACAUAUAUUUUGAUACGCACAAAUUGACGCUAUCUGCAAUACUUAAUUGCAAUAACAAACCGAUACCGUACUUGGUAUCAAAAGACUUAUUUCGUCUUAACAUAGCGAAACCUGAGAUUGCUCCAGAAAUAGAUGAGUAUCGCGUACACCUUGGCAACAUAACUGAUGAGGUAGAUAAUUAUUUGCUUUAUAAUUCCUUUAGCGAACGUUAUUCUUCGGUCAUACUUACAAAGGUAAUUGUAAAUAAAGAACAUUUUUCUAAUGGCUUUGGUUUUAUUCGUUUCUCCAAAAAGACCGAAAGUAAUACAAUAGCAGAAGAAAUGAAUCAUUUUAAUGGAACAGGUCAGCGACCAAUUAAUGCAGACCAAGAACGUGAUGAAGAAAAUGAAACUUUAUAUCAAGAAUUGGCAAGCGAGUAUGAAAAUGAAGAUACAGAUGAUGAAGAACUUCAUCAUUCAGUGUAUAUGGAAGAUAUCAGAGGCAAAUGCAAUGGGCACUGCUGCUAUAAAGGUGUGGGUUUUUAUCAUUGUAACAAAUGCUUACUCUACCGGUCUAGUUUGCAACGUUUUGCGUCAAACACAGUGUUUUACAACGAAAGACCUCGUAGAAAUAGUCGAAUACCGCAAUUAGAUAAUAAUCGCUAUGAUACGCCUCAUGAAACUAUCACCUAUGCCGAAUAUCCUGUAAAUAACGUUGAACAAAUUAAUAGAAGCCGAGUUCACAGCCAGUCUUCAGAAAUUGAGGUAGCACCAAAUAGUGCAACUGUUAGAAAUACUAUUUUACCUGUACCAUAUGAAAGUCCGAAUCAACAUCCAGAAAUACGUUAUGCUAUUCCAGUCACUCAAUCUAAUGCAGUAGCGGAUCACGUUCGAAGAUAUCAUUAUAUCCCGCAAUACAUACCAAAUUGUUGUGAACGUAAUUCACAAUAUGUAUGUCCGGACAACAUGGUUCCACAGGAGAGCAUUUACGCAGCAGAUUAUUCACAUGCUUAUAUACCUGCUUCACAGUAUCGGACUGUAUCUGCAGAACAACUGACUGAAUUCAGUCAGCAACAGCAAAUCGAACCGACAGAACAUAAUCAAACUACUGCAGAAGAGCUAACAGAGGAAGUUCCAAGACCUAGACAGACUUUAAGCGCAACUGCGCCAGUUUUUAUACCUCGUCAGGCACCUCUACCACGGCCCAUUAUAUUUUAUCCAGCACCAGCGCAAUCCUACUAUAAUGUUCCACACCAACACGUAAACCAUUCUCAUUACAGAAGUGCUAAUCCAAAUUUAUUUGUGCCAAUGCCUCCGUAUGUGAGAAACCCGACACCAUAUUAUGCUCCAACAUAUUUAGCUCCGCAGCAACAGCAACAGCCACAGCCACCACCACAACCGCAACCACAACCGCAACCGCAAUCACAACAACCACCAAAUGCUAGUGCUAAGAAACCCACUUCUGGUCUUGGCCGUGGUCCUACUGGAACUAGAAGAGAGAGACGUGUUUGCCAUUAUUGCUCGGAAACAUUUAUUGAAAUUCUUAGUGAUAAUAAUGAAGACGAUACCACUAAUGUUGUUAAUCCGGCCCCAAAAGACAAACCACAUAUUUGCAAGCCACAAAAUCCUAGCAUUGAUAAAAUUUCCACUAUUUCUAGUAUUUUGAAUGGAUUAGAUGCUGCCAGCAUUAACUUAGAAAGCGAUAUAAGACCUUCAUCUUCCAGUGCCAAAGUUGAUAAGCCUUUAGUUGAAAAAACAAUUGACCUUGAUUUGCAACCGUCUAGUAUUUUGAAUGGAUUAGAUGCUGCCAGCAUUAACUUAGAAAGCGAUAUAGGACCUUCAUCAUCCAGUACAAAAGUUGAUAAGCCUUUAGUUGACAAAACAAUUGACAUUGAUUUGCAACCGUCGACUUCAAAAGGUAAUAAAAGUUUAGCUAAACAAAAUGAUGCGGAGGGCGCUGCGAACAUGCUAUCAAUUUCGAAAGACACUAAGAGUAUAAUUGACUAUCUACAUUCUGAAUUCAAAAAGAAGCUGGCUGACUACCCAAGUGAUAGCUCAGAUGAAGAUAUUCAAUUACUCUUUCGAACCGCAACUACUAAUAUGGAUUUAAUGCUGGACAAAAUUGAUAGCGCAAAAAGUAGUAAAAGUGAUAAAAGUGGUGAAAAGAGUAUUGAAACAUCAAAGGCUAAAAUGAGCUUAGUUGAAGAUGAGGAUAAUAAAAAGAAACCAAAUUUUGAAGCACCAUCUACUAGCUCUAAUACGGUUGGAAUUGUUAUAAGUGCUCAAAAUGUUGAUAGUAUAAAAACCGAUCUAACUAUAAAUGAAAGUGAGGCUUUGAGUGAUUUUAAAAUGUUUGCCUUAUGUAAACAGAAUACAGACAACGAUAAUCAAAUGCAGUCUAUAACUAAAAGACAAAUGAAAAACUUACGUAAACGUCAAAAUCGUGCUGAAAGGAAUAGCAUUAAUCAAUCACUUAAAAAACGCGAGGAAGAGUUAAAAGUCACAGUUCUUCAACAUUUAAUUGGAUGUAAAACUGUAGGUAGAGAGAAAAUUCAACAAGCACCAUCUACGUCCACAAAUGUUAAAAAGAACUUAAAUGCUGAUCAACCCUGUACCACAACAUCCACUUGUUCACAGUCUGAAAGUAGCGCAAACACGAAUCUUCAAACUUCGCGUAUAAAGUCAGAUUCUAAACAACCUCAAAUUACUAAGAAUAACAUUCAAACACAAUCUGUAUGCUCAAAUGUUAAAAACAAGGUUAUUUCCGGUCAAACUAAAGAUAUAAAAACCACCGUUCAAACACAAUCUACUCACUCAAAAGGUAAUGACAAUGUAGUUGCUGGUCAUUCUAAGCAUAACAAAGCCACUGUUCAAAUGCAAACCACUCGCUCAAAAGGUACUGGCAAUUUAAGUGCUAGUAGUCAACUUCUUGAUAAUAAAAACAACGUUCAAAUACAAUCAGUACAAUCAAAAAGCGAUAAGAUGCCAGGUGAACCUAAAAAUAUCAAAAACUCGGAUCAAACACAAUCUAAGCGAACAAAAGGCGACAAGAAAUUAAUGUCCGGCCCUAUCAAAUUAAUCAAAACCACCCAUGAAACGCAAGCCACAUGUUUGAAAAGUAAUAACAAAUCAGCUGCCAGUGAACCUGUUGUCAAAACCGCUGAUGUAACAAAAUCCAUUCGUUCAAAAGACAAUAAAAAGUUAACUUCCAAGCAACCUGAUGGUCCCAAAAACACCGAUCGAGCACAACCCACACAUUCAGAGGGUAGCAACAAAUCUCAUACUGUUACUGGUCAAUCUCAUAAUGUCAAAACUGCUGUUGUAACAAAAUUCAAUCGUUCAACUUCAAUCGUUAAUGACAAUCUAAUUGCUCACCAACCUCUGGGUGGCGAUUCAGAAAAAAAUAUCCAAACACAAUCCAUAUACUCAAAGGGUGAUAAAAAUAUCAGUGAAAGCAAUUGUGUUAUAGCUAAUGCUAGCAUAAGUACACCUAACGCACAUGGUACAGAUAUUGAAGUUCCAAAAUUAGACGAACUUUCAAUAUUAACCACUGAAUUCAAUUUGCAUCCAAUUAAAUUCCAUAAAACUAUAAGUGAUUUCCAAAAAACAUGGCAGUCGCACAGUGUAGACGUCUCAUGUCAACAUAUACAAACGAUAGACCCACAAACAAAUUUAGUUACUAACAUUGGUGACAUUGGUGGCACUGAAGUGCAAGACAUCACACGUUCUGAGGCGAUAAUCAUGCCUACCAAAACAUUUAAAGUGAAGCACUUUAUUUUACAACCUGAAGGUCACACUGGUAUGACUAUGUCUGAUAAUGAAAUUGAAGAUCUAUUACGCGAAGUAAACAAUAAUUUGAGCACAUUUAAACUUUAUUCAUAUGAACCAUCCGCUGAUGGUAAAUCUGAAAGUGAUAAGGAUGCUUUAACAUCACCAGAUCCAAAUAACAAUGCUACUUCAACAUUACCAGAUCCAAAUAACAAUGCUGAAAUUGUUAAUAGUAAUCUAAAACCAUCUUUUGUGUGUACAAUGAUUUCGGACAAAAAUUUAUAUCUCAAAAAUAUGACACCGUUAGCAGUAAUUAAAGCUGAUCCCAAUUUAUUGAAACAGACUUCCACUUCAGUGGAAGUCUUGCGACAAAUUUUCAAUUGGGAUGAACUCUCAGUGCAAGCUUUGGCUAUAAAAGGUGAAACUAUUAUUGUUUACAAUGAAAAUCGGGAAGAACUCACAAGUAUACCGCCAGCAAAUACUACCAAAGUUUGUACUGAGAAUCCAAUAACUAAUGUCCGUGGAGAGGGAAAAAAUGAUGCGUGCAUACAAACGGAUGUCAAGGAACUGAUGAUGAAGGCUAACAAAAAGGAAGUUGUCGACAAAAUUGGUAAAGCUAAUGAUAAUACCAAUAAAAUGACAAAAAUUGAUACACAACAAGAAGUUUCAAAAAAUAAUUCAUAUAAUGCUAAUAUGAGAGAAACUGAUUCAAGUUAUGCUGAUACUGAUACCAAGCUUAAUCUUUCUUCAAAGGUUAAACAUCCUCCAAACAAAAAAACUUAGAAUAUAUCAUCAAAAACUAAAAUAAAAUUAUAUAUAUAUGUAUUCUUAUACAAGUAUAUAUAUAAACAAUGCCUUUAGAAAAUACUAAAUGUGCACUAAAUCAAAUCUACAAAAACUGAAUCUUUUUUUAAAUAUU